CCGGCCCGCACGGCGGGACCAUGGCCGACGUGUUCCCGGCCAACGACUCCGCGGCGCCCCAGGACGUGGCCAACCGCUUCGCCCGCAAAGGGGCGCUGAGGCAGAAGAACGUGCACGAGGUGAAGAACCACAAAUUCAUCGCGCGCUUCUUCAAGCAGCCCACCUUCUGCAGCCACUGCACCGACUUCAUCUGGGGGUUUGGGAAACAAGGCUUCCAGUGCCAAGUUUGCUGUUUUGUGGUUCACAAGAGGUGCCAUGAAUUUGUUACUUUUUCUUGUCCGGGUGCGGAUAAAGGACCUGACACGGAUGACCCCAGGAGCAAGCACAAGUUUAAGAUCCACACCUAUGGAAGCCCCACCUUCUGUGAUCACUGCGGGUCACUGCUGUACGGGCUCAUCCACCAAGGGAUGAAGUGUGACACCUGUGACAUGAAUGUGCACAAACAGUGUGUGAUCAACGUGCCCAGCCUCUGUGGCAUGGACCACACCGAGAAGAGGGGCCGAAUCUACCUGAAGGCCGAGGUCACUGAGGAAAAGCUCCACGUCACAGUACGAGAUGCAAAAAAUCUAAUCCCUAUGGAUCCAAAUGGACUUUCAGAUCCUUAUGUGAAGCUGAAACUUAUUCCUGAUCCCAAAAAUGAAAGUAAACAGAAAACCAAAACCAUCCGCUCCACACUCAACCCCCAGUGGAAUGAGUCUUUUACAUUCAAAUUGAAACCUUCAGAUAAAGACCGACGACUGUCUGUAGAAAUCUGGGACUGGGAUAGAACAACAAGGAAUGACUUCAUGGGCUCCCUCUCGUUCGGCGUGUCAGAGCUGAUGAAGAUGCCCGCCAGUGGAUGGUACAAGUUGCUUAACCAAGAAGAAGGUGAGUACUACAAUGUACCCAUUCCAGAAGGGGAUGAAGAAGGAAACGUGGAGCUCAGACAGAAAUUUGAGAAAGCCAAGCUCGGCCCGGCUGGUAACAAGGUGAUCACGCCUUCCGAGAGACAACCUUCCAACAACCUGGACCGGGUGAAGCUCACCGACUUCAAUUUCCUCAUGGUGCUGGGGAAGGGGAGCUUUGGAAAGGUGAUGCUGGCUGACAGGAAGGGGACGGAAGAACUGUAUGCCAUCAAAAUCCUGAAGAAGGACGUGGUCAUUCAAGAUGACGACGUGGAGUGCACCAUGGUGGAGAAGCGCGUCCUGGCCCUGCUGGACAAGCCCCCGUUCCUGACGCAGCUCCACUCCUGCUUCCAGACAGUGGACCGGCUGUACUUUGUCAUGGAGUAUGUCAACGGUGGGGACCUGAUGUACCACAUUCAGCAAGUAGGAAAAUUCAAGGAACCACAAGCAGUAUUCUAUGCGGCAGAGAUUUCCAUUGGGUUGUUCUUCCUUCAUAAACGAGGAAUCAUUUAUAGGGACCUGAAGUUAGAUAAUGUCAUGCUGGAUUCGGAGGGACACAUUAAGAUUGCCGACUUUGGGAUGUGCAAGGAGCACAUGAUGGAUGGAGUCACAACCCGGACCUUCUGCGGGACUCCAGAUUACAUCGCCCCUGAGAUAAUUGCAUAUCAGCCAUAUGGAAAAUCUGUGGACUGGUGGGCCUAUGGCGUCCUGCUCUAUGAAAUGCUGGCUGGACAGCCUCCAUUUGACGGCGAAGACGAAGACGAACUCUUCCAGUCCAUCAUGGAGCACAACGUUUCCUACCCUAAAUCCUUGUCCAAGGAGGCCGUUUCCAUCUGCAAAGGACUGAUGACCAAGCACCCGGGCAAGCGGCUGGGCUGCGGGCCCGAGGGCGAGCGGGACGUCAGGGAGCAUGCCUUUUUCCGGAGGAUCGACUGGGAGAAGCUGGAGAACAGGGAGAUCCAGCCGCCCUUCAAGCCCAAAGUGUGUGGCAAAGGAGCGGAAAACUUCGACAAGUUCUUCACACGAGGGCAGCCCGUCCUCACCCCGCCGGAUCAGCUGGUCAUCGCUAACAUAGACCAGUCUGAUUUUGAAGGGUUCUCGUACGUCAACCCCCAGUUCGUGCACCCCAUCUUACAGAGCGCAGUAUGAAACUCACCCAGGAGAACCAACGCCUCCCCUGCCCCCAGCGCCCCCAGCAGUGGGAAAUGAUCCUUAACCCUAAAAUUUUAAGGCCGCGGCCUAGUUUCUUGUUCCAGAUGGAGGCCUGAAAAUUGUAGGGUUAUUAGUUCAAACGUAAGCAAUGUCCAGGGUCCCUCUCUUACAACCAAGACAUGAUCUCAGUGGAAGAUAAUGUGAUGUCCAGUGUCCCGUUUUGUUAUGUAAGGGUCACCUCUGGCAGAAGGUAGAGUUACUACCUAGAAAGCAGACAGACCCUUGCCCUGUUUUUGGUACGACUUGGUAUGUUUUCCUUGCCCUCUGUCUGUCGGUUUUCUCCAUCUGGAUCCCCCAGCCACAGAUGUCAAAGUGAAUCUGCCCCCUGCCCGGUGGGCUGGAAGCAUCUCCACACGAUAGGUCUUUGGGAAGAGAGAAUGGUGAGCCCAGAGAGUGAUCAGGGUGGGGUUGAGGGUGAGGGAGGCUCGGGGAUACCCACUGCUUCUGUUCUCGGCUCGAUGGAAUAAACAGUCCCUAGAACCCGGGAGGCUGGGUCCAGCUAGUCCUGCUGGUGCAACCAGCGUGAAAGCUCUCUCUGUCCCCACACGCUGACCGUCGUGACCAGUCGUGGUCCAGCAGUUGCCAGUUUUUAAAAAAAGAGAGAAAGGAAACCUCAGAUGAGUGUGGGGUGCAUCUGUCCUCAUGUUUCCUCCUCGGUUGCUAACUAUUUCGAUCUUGCAUUUCUUUUCAAGAGGCCAAAUCUUCUAAGGACUUUGCUAAAUGAGCAUGUGAAAUCAUUUCAAAUCAAGGGUAACCCAGUGUGUGUGUGUGUGUCCAUUUUAAUCUCUGGGAGAUUAUGCUGCGAUCAGGGUGCCAUCAGCAAUCAUGCCACUACUUACAAGUGUCGUUCGCCAACCCCCCACCCCCCGAUAUUUUGCUACCUACCCCCUAAGACGCUGAAGUGUACGCCCCGACCCCUUUUGUACUUAUUUAUUUGAUAGGCUGCAAUGUCCUUUAUGAGAGUACGAUGUAUAGUAACUACAAGUGUUGGCUGUAGCAUCCGUUGUUGUUGGUUGAGCUCCCUCCUGUCUCUGGCCGUCAGCAUCCGCCUCGGGAUGAAAACAGCACAGUUUGAGUUCCCACUUGCAGUUCAUGUCGAAUGACACACCAGGAGCUGUAGAAUCCGGAAACCUGGAUGCCUGUCAGCUCAAAGAUGUUUUAUCGUUAGAAAGAUUUUAAUGUUUUGCAAAUGCAUCAUGCAAUGAAUUUUGCAUGUUUAUAAUAAACCUUAAUAACAGUGAAUCUAUAUUAUUGAUAUAGUCGUAUCAAGUAUAAAGAGAGUAUUAUAAUAAUUUUCUAAGACACAAUCGUGCUAUAUUUGUGAAGGCUCUUGUUUCUAAUCUGCUUUUAUGAUUAAGUUUUAGCUUAAUUCUCUGCCAUGUGCUUCCAUCUCUUCCACCCCCUGCCUCUCUUGCACAUUGUAUCAGAUAUAUUAGUUUUUUAUCAUAGAACUAAUUUCAAAACAGAAUGCCUACUUUACAUGAUCAAUUAGACAUGCAUACAUAUAUAUAUAUGUGUGUGUAUAUAUAUAUAAAAACAUUUGAUCUACCUUCAAACAAAAGUUUUUGUUUUGGGGGAUUAUUUUUGAGAUGAGACUGUCUCUUAGCCUCUUCACACCAUCUUCCGUUCCGGUUGCGCCACCUCGCUUCCUCUCCCUGCCUCCUCUCGGGCACAGCAGGAGUGUUUGACAGCUGUCACCCUACUGUGUGCAGAUGUGGUGUCACCUCGGCCCUUGGGCUGGCCUUUGUGUAUGGUUUUUUUUUUUCCUUUUUUAGCCUGGUUACUGGAGUGACACGGGGUGGGAGGGACAGGAAGAAGCCCUUCCUGGUGUGUGUGCAUGGACACCCCAGAAGCAUGCUGUCUGUCUCGGCGCCCCAGACCCGCCCCCGUUGGUCCAGCGCGUACAGGCCAUGAGACAAAUUGUCCGCAGCCCCUGGAGCUGCCAGCACACUCUCUGGAGAGGCGGCAGGUCUUCCCGCCGGGCAUGGAACUGGCCUUUCCAGGCUCGCGAGCUGCUCCUCUGUGGUGAGGCACCCACCACCCCAACGCCAGGUCCGCAGAAGAGCCAGGAGUCUACAGCAGAAAGAACAUUCAAGAUGGAAGUGACUCUGUGUCCCUGUUCCCCAAAGACUCUGUCUCCAAGCUAAGCGCCCCCUUGUUCUUACUCCCUGGCUUUUGCUUGAAAUUCAUGUCACAAAGCCACGGCAGGGGCUUUUCCGGGAGAAGGCUUGGCUGGCUGGAAGCCGAGGAAGAGCUGGAGCAGGGAGCGACUUCUGCCUUUUAUGGACAGUAGACCUCGGAGCUCAAGGGGGCUCUGGCUCAGCCGGAGCUGCCGACCUGCUGGGCACUUUGGGGGUGCUCUUCCUCACCGGAUGCACCUCAUUUGGUCUUACAGAAAAGGGACCCAUUUAUAGAAGCCUAAGAAGCACAAGGGCUGAUCCCCUGCCCCAGAGUGGAGCGACAGCAUGACUGAUCCCCAGCCAAGCCCAGGAAGUGAGGAAUGUUCCAGAAAGAAACACGUAGGCUGUGGACCAUUUGUCCCCGAGCCCCGGCUGCCUGCUUGUUGUAAGCCAGCAGCGGGCUCACGCUUCCCUCAAACACUCUCCCCCUUGCACUCUCCAAAUUCCUCAUCUUUCUCUGGGAAACAGGUGGAGCCAGCUGGCUUGUCUUCUUUGGAAGGCGUGGGGUCCAGCCCUCUGCCGGGGGGGUCCGGGGCUCACGGACAAAGUUAGGGGAGAGAGUAGUCAGGGCCCCGUGAGGUGGAGUCUGUUCUAUGCCCCGCCUUGUCCUGAAUGCAGGUAAAGGCUGACGCAGGCAGGGCCUGAGCUGCCCGAGACCGUUACCGCUGGAAGAAUAAAUCAUGCGGGAAGCCAACGACAGAGCCACAGAAUCCAUUUAUAAAACCCCGAGGAUCAGGCCACAGUGGGGUGGGGUGCCCUUGGAAGCCCCAGCCCCCAAGCCCGGCCUGCGGAGGGCCAGGCACCAGCGGAAUCUGGCACAACCUGAGCCUGUGCCAGACCCGGGGCCCGUGACGCUGAAAGGCCAGUGAGACUGCGACUGCGGGCGGGCCUGCCCUGGGAAGGUGGCGCUGCGCGGUGGUGUCUGCCCGCUGCCCCUCCCUCUUGGCACCUCAUCUAAACCCACUAGGUGCUCCCUUUGAAGGGAAGGAUCUGUCGUGGGGCUCCAGGCAGACCCUCAGAGCUUGGGCGUUCACAGCCAGGCAGGAGCUAACUCAGAAAGUCAGUACGUGGCCCCAGGAACUGAACCGAUCGCUGCUCUUGUCAGCCACCUCUUUCCUCCUGAUGCCCCGGUGCAAUGCAGUGACGAGUCCUGUCUGCCUUUGUGACGGGGCGUCUCGGGCUUUCUCAGUAGGAAUUUUGGUAGAAAAGCCAGCAUGGGUCGAGAGUUCUUUGGAAGCUUGAGGAGAUUGGUUGAAAGAUGAUGAAGGGCCGUGGUUAAUGGAAACCCGCAAACAAUCCUGGGCACCUGCUCGAGCCCGGCCUUAGCAGAGCGUGGUGACGUGCGGGGACAUGGGGACAGAACCCAGGAGCCCAGCGACUGGGGAAGGGACCUGAGCGGGGGGCUCGGCAGCGGCCGACGCUGGCCAGGAGCGGGGGGAACAGCAGGCUUGGAGCGCGUCGGGCAGGACGCGCGGCAGCAGGCAGCGGAGAGGAACCGGCAUCUCGGGAGGAAGCCGCCGCCACCUGGGUGCCUUUCCACGGGAGGUGUCUGUGCGGAUGAUGGUUACCGUCUGCUGGUCCUGGAGAGCAAGUUCGUUGCCAGGGAUACAGCCUGUUCCUCCUCAGAAGCCACUUCCAAAUGCCACCGGCUCCCCCACCAGCUGCUCGAAGCCCCCGUCCCCGUCCUGUCUGGAAGAGGCUCGCUACCCCCCAGGCCUCCCCACCCCGCUCUCCCCUUCGGUUACGGCCACCAGGACCGAUGGAGAAGCCACAAAACAGCCGGCCCUGCGGUUGCCGCCAGCUCCCCUCUGCAGGAGAAGUGAGGGCAUCUCGCCGGGAUGUGUUCUCCGUACUGGGGAGAGAAGGUGAGAUCCUGUCUUUAAAAGCCUCAGACAGGCAGCACCGCCUGGCAGUCGCGCCGUGUCGCUUGGGUCUGGGGAGUCCCCUAUUUCACACCACUUGCUGUUGCUUCACCCUCGAGGGGGCCGGAGCGCCCAGCCCCCCAGGGAGCACCCAGCAGAGCGGUAGUGAGCCCAUGGGACCGUUGUGGGGCAGGGCAGGGGUGCUCCGGUGACACUCGUCUGACAAGGAGCGCUGGAAAUAUCUUUGCAGAAGCCUUUCUGGUGACUGUAAUGUGCCAGACUGUAGCGAUGGCUGCCCUUGGCCUUCUCGCUUGGCACAUCUGGGGGACUCGGGCUGUGUCUGCUGUGGGAAGGUACAGAAAAGGGACAGGUGGUCUGAGCGAUACCCGGAUGAAGGCUAGGGAAGGAGUUGACCACAAGCGUGCAUAGCCCAUCACGGCAGGGCCUCCGGGAGGGUUGAAAGCACCAACAAGUGGGAUUCCGGUGCCUCUGAUCUGUGUAAUCGGUGUCAGGCGAACUCAGUCAUCAAACAGCCUUACGGUGACCCUACACCGAGGCCCACGAGCUCCAAAGACUUUUUUUUUAAAACGUAAUGGAAGAAAUUCACUUGUUAAUUCCAGUAGAACCACUGAAAUGCACUGGGCAAUAUUUGUACUUUUUUAUAGAGAACUUUAAUAACUCGAUUCUUCUUUAAAAAUGAGUUUUUCAAAUAACACUACUGGCAAUUUCAUAAGAUUCCAAUCACAUGGAGCCCACAGGAGGACUCGGCUGGGGUCCACCCGAGCCUCCCCCUCUUCCUUGCAGGAGUGUCCCAGGCCUGGUGGGGUGCAGCGUCCCCAUCAGAGUGACCCGUGGCCCCCGGCCUGUGUCAGCAGACUGACGCCCGUGUGUAGUGCACAAUGCGAACAGCUGUCUGAGGUCUAGACUAUUUCAGGCCACAGGAUAGUUGCUUUUAUUGCCCCCCCCUUCCAGACACCACCCUAGGACUCCCGGGGCCUCUGGGGCCCUCUUACUUUGCUCUGUGAAUCGGUGUGAUCACCUUUUGGCAUCAAGGAGGGGGUGCUUUCCUGGCCAUCUGCAGUCCCCGAGGGCCCCCAGAUCUCUCACAUUUGGUGAAAAGGCAGCAGUGCCCAGGAGUGCACCACUGGGCAGUCCAGAAAUACUUCAACCUCCCCAGAAGGAGGAGGCGGCCGCCGGGGUGCCCUCAGCAUCCGUCUCAGUCACCACUUAGGUGAGUGGACAGGACCCUCCUUUUCAGAUAAUAGGCAUCGAGUCCACUUUAUAAGAACUUUUUUCUAAAAUAAGUCAAACGGUGGCUUUGCAUUUCGAACCGAGCAGCCCCGUCUUUGUCUUCUCUGCCUCCCUUCAGAGUAUUUAUUCGUGUGAUUGUGUGUAGAUUUUUGUUGAUCCUCUUCCUGGAAGAAUGUGAUUACUGAGGAUUAGUGAACUCUUCAAAAUCAUACCUGAAGGCAGUUAUUCUUUGGCGUCUAAAUGGUCUAAAAAUUCAUCUCAGAUCCCUUCCAUGAGGGUCUUUCAGAAUAUCUUGUAUAGAAGGUCCGAAGCAUUUGAAAUCAGCUUUUGCUAUUGCGCGCGCGUGUGUGUAUGUGCGUGUGUAUGUGUGUGUGUGUGAGAGAGAGAGAGACAUGCCACAUUUAAACUGUUCAUUGGAAAACAUCACCCACGACCCCAGAUGUGCAUGGAGGAGGAAGGGAUGAAGGUUAAGCUUUUUCCUUCUGUAUAAGCACCUAUGACAAAUGUAGAGGCCAUUCAACUGUCAAAUAACAUUUGGUUCGUAGCGGCGAGAUGGAUGUAUAAAUUGUUGCAUUGCUUCCCAAUUGUAUAACCUCUAAUCUCUGUUUGCAUGACAUGCUUUGUUAGCGACAUUAACUGUAGUUUGGAAGCCAGUGUGUAUGAAUAAAGAUAAUGACCGUUCCUCAGUGUGCUUGGUCUCAUUAGCAU